UGUACGUACUCUUCAGAUCGUGUUAGUUGUCGUGUGUUUAUCGAAGAAAGCGCAGCGCCAUGUUUUAACAAUAUAUAAUAUUAUUGUGUCAGUGCUCAAGUUUUCUAUCAUUUUUCAUUAUUACGGAAUAUUUCUGGUGAAUAAAACAAAUGUUUUUAUGCUAAAUUGUGUUUGUGUUUACCACUUCUAUUUGGAUUACUACCCGAAAUCGGAUUAAAGAUGAAUUGGGGCACAGAACUUUGGGAUCAAUACGACAAUUUAGCAUCACACACGCAAAGAGGGAUCGAAUUCUUAGAUAAAUAUGGAAAUUUUGUUCGGGACAGAUGUACCAUCGAACAAGAAUACGCCGCAAAAUUACGGCGUCUCGUUAAAAACUAUCAACCAAAAAAGAAGGAGGAAGAUGAUAAUGAGUUUACAUCCUACCAAGCAUUCAAAAAUGUUCUGAAAGAAAUCGGCGAUCUAGCCGGUCAACGAGAAGUUGUUGCAGAAUCACUUCAAAUCCAAGUAUCCAAUGCCAUAACAUUACUGUCCAAAAAUUUGCGAGAGGAACGGAAGAAAACUUUAACGGAAGGAUCAAAUCUGACGCAAAAUCUAACGGCUCAAGUGUUAGCACUGGACCGGGCCAAAAAGAACUAUGAAAAAGCUUAUCGUGAUUCGGAAAAAGCUUUGGAGAACUAUCAACGGGCCGAUGCGGAUUUGAAUUUGAGUCGAGCUGAGGUGGAAAAGCAACGUCAUAAUAUGACGAUAAAGAGUCAACAGUCGGACGAUGCGAAAAAUGAGUACGCUAAUCAAUUACAAAAAACAAAUAAAUUGCAGCAACAGCACUACGAAAGUGCAUUGCCUGAUGUAUUUAAUAGAUUACAAGAAAUCGAUGAGAAAAGAACUAGAGGACUGAAGGAAUUUAUUAAAGGAGCAGCGGAUGCUGAGUCAUCAGUUGCACCAAUCAUAGCUAGAUGUUUAGAAGGUGUUGUUAUUGCGGCUGAGUCAAUUGAUGAAAAGGAAGACUCACACAAGGCUGUAGAGAAAUAUCAAUCUGGUUUCCUGCCACCUGGUGACAUACCAUUCGAGGAUCUAUCAAAAAUGGAUCCUGAUUUAUCGAAUCACUCUCAAUACCACAGUGCAACCAAUGUAAAUAAUCACAUGACACAUAGAGGGACAAUUGGCGCAAAUAAACUGAAAAAGCGCACCGGUAUUUUCGGAAUAUUUAGCAGUAAUAAGAAGUUACUCGAAGCGUGCAUCACUGUGAAGAACACAUUAUCCACGGACGGCAUGAAGGAAGACUACAGUGAUCUACCGCCAAAUCAACGACGCAAAAAGCUAACAUCCAAAAUCAACGAACUCAAACACAAAAUUGUUCAGGAAACCGCCGCCCAUGACGGUUUGAUGAAAAUGAAGAGCGUGUACGAAGCCAAUUCGCUGCUGGGCGAUCCAAUGUCGGUGGAGGGACAGUUGAACGAGUCGGCGCAUAAGUUAGAAAAGUUAAAAGUUGAAUUGCGAAAAUACCAACAAUAUUUAGAACAAGCCAAUAGUGUACAAAUAGCUCAGCAUAGUCCGCAAUCGCAUCGGAAUCUACAGAAUGGACAACGAAUGUCAAGACAUUCCAACGGAAGCGGUGAAAAUGAGGAUGGUGAUGAUCAACCGGACGAUGCAGGAAGUUUAAGCAGGUCAGCAUCUGAGAGUAGUGUGGCGCAGGCGCAAAUUGAAAAUGGGCUUAAUAUUAACAAUAAUGGCAGUUCAGCUAGUCCGGAAAGUGGUCUGGGUACAUCCCAUACAUCGCUACCAGGUUCAGGUCAGGGCAGUGCAAACGAUCAAGUGAUGAACGAAGAUAUGUAUUAUGAGGCCGAGCCUCUGCAAGCGUUAGGCACAUGCAAAGCAUUAUACCCGUUCGAUGCAACAAGUGAAGGAAGCAUUCCAAUGUCUGAAAACGAAGAGCUACAAGUCAUAGAAUUAGAUCAAGGUGAUGGUUGGACACGUGUAAGACGAUGCACCGGCCCGAAUGGCUGGGAAGAAGGUUUUGUGCCGACAAGUUACAUCGAGAGUACACUGUAUGCGUAAAGUGGUGUUCCGUUUUUGGUUAGUGUCUCCCUAAUGCACAUGUGUGUGUGUGUGUGAAAUGUAAUACCAGCUGUGACUAUGUAAUCGCGAAAAUAAUUUUUAAUUUUAAGAAAUGUUAAGAAAUUCAUAGAUAUUUGAAUAGUAGACCACAAAGCGCUCAUGAAUUGGGAGAUUUGUAGAUGGAUGGAUAAGAUAAGAUGUAACUUCAAGAUAUAGUUAAACGAAAAGUUUAUUUUUCCUGCAUACAAAUUGCAAUCGUGGGUAACAAAAAAAAAUUAUUUCAUUUUCA